AUGGAAAAGAGAGAUAUAGCCAGGGCACACGGGAUAAUUCCUCUUGCUUUACCAAAGGGGACGGAGAAGCUGUGUGAGCUGUGCCAGAGCAGAGCCUACCUCCAGUGCGAGCGGUGCCGAGUCACGUACUACUGGCAUUUGUUGAGGACUCAUGUGACUGCCUUCUGCUACUGUAAGGAGGAGGGGGAGCUGCACAAGGAAGGAGAGGGUGGACCCAUCGAAACAGCUGGAGAACAAAAGAUCUUCCCUCAUGUUGGUGUGAAGGAAUUACUGUCUCUGCGACAGCGCAAGACGGACCAAACAACACAUCAGACCAGACACAAGCCAUGGCAACAGUGGGCAAGCGAUGUCAGCCACCAGUUCGCAGACUGGGUGGGGAUUCACCAGAGGAUCUGUGAACUGCUGGUUCCUGUUCGAGUUGAGACGCUCCAGAGUUUCACUAAGCAAGGCAGGAUUGAAAAGGACAUAAAAAAGAGGGAGCUGAUUGCCAUCUCCAGGGCCGUAGCGGAGGGGAAGUUGGCCGAGGGGAAGCCAGAGGAGGCCCUCCCUGCGGGGCAGACUUUUCUCAGGUUUAGUGUGGAUGUCUUCGGCUCCUGUUCCAUGGAGCUGAUCCCUGCUCACCUGCUGCUGGCAGAGGCCCACAUUGGAUUAGGGAAAAUGUCUGCAGCCUGUGAACUGUUGGCGGAGGCACAGAUGUCGGUCCACAAGAGUCCGGACUGUGGCCAUGAGCUGAACCAGAGCCUGCACCGCUGUCUGGGCCGACUGCACAACGCCAUGGGAAACCUGGAGGACGCUUGCUUCCACUUCGCCACCGAUAUUUACCAUGCUGCUGAGGCCUACGGUCUGGAAAGCACAGUCUGCAAGAACGGAUACUUCCUCUUGGCUCAAGUAUUUGUCAAAAAGGGGAAGACACCAAUCGUCCAGUCUAUGUAUUAUGAGGUGGCUCAAACCUGGCACACUCACCUGACCGAGCUCAUGAAACCCUUUUUGGAGAAUCCGGCUGGGUCUCUGGUGCCCACGUUUGAUAAUUCUUCAUUAAAACCUGGCGUAGGAGACAAAGCCAAGCUAAUCGAAGCCGACAAGAUGCUCCAGACGGUUUUGGACUUUGAGCGGAAGCAGAGCAGAAAGCACAGAGGCCUGACGGCGCUGGCCUCUCACUGCCUGGCCCUGCUCUGGUUUAUGAUAGGUGAUCGUGUCAAGGCGAAAGGCUUUGGACACUUCUCCCUCGAGUCCAGCAAGACCAGUCCAGACCAGGAGCUGAGGCCGGCGCUGGAGAGGCUGCUGCAGCUUCUGGAGGAGGGUCCAGACACAGCAAGUAGUGGAUUGUAG